AUGUCGUGCGCGUUGCGACUCCCCACUAUUCGUGUGAUUUCAAACCAGGCAAAUGUCGAACUGUCAGCUUCAGCAUCAAUCAAUAUCGAUGCCCCUGAUGGCGCACGGCAUAUUGCAACGAUCAGAGAUCUCUCCUCGGCAGUGGAAGAUUCUCAUCUUUGGGUUGCUCGGUCCGGUGCUUGUUGCCUUGAGGUUUCUAUUGCAAUUAAUGGGCAUCCGAUCCUUGAGACUUUCCGUCUCAAUGCCAUCGCCGAGGCAGUCAGCGGUUGCGAGGUUUGGGGUCGCCUGGGCGUUCAUCUAGAGCCUAACCGGUCAUGUCCAGUUCAGCUACCUGGACUUCUAUCUUUCUCGCUCCAGCACCCAAAUCUCUCAUCGGCUCUCGUUGCCCCAGUUUCCGCCUGUACCACCGCAUUUCGGAAUCUAAUGUUGUCGAUCGAUGUGCGCAACGUGUCUCAAGAAGAAGAACGGCCUCGAAAGUGUUUAAAGACGAGCAAGCGGCGGAAGAAGAGGGACAAGCCAAAGGAAAGGGUCGAAGGCCGUAUGGAGAGCAAUCUGCUAGACACUCUGGAGCUGAUCGACCAACAAGCUAUUGACAGCUUCAUGUCCAGUCUCAACUCCCCAUGCGAAGAAGGGAGCGGGAAUGCAUCGCAGACUCUCCCCAGGGAGGAUACCAUUACGGACAUUAAAGUAUUGAAAGACCUGCAGUCAUCGUCCUUAAUCGAAAUUCUCUUUGAGCAGUUGAUGCUGGCGCCAGAGAGAACGUACAGGGGCUACCAAGUCUGGGGCUGCGGACUCAGUUACUGCCUCACCAAGCUUGCGCCGGGAGUAUUUCAUAUGCCUUAUCUCAAGAGCAUAUCGGACCGCGCCGAACUACUACCCAUCAUUGCCACAUCCUUAGCAAGUAUGCAGCAUGCCGAAUCCCCGGUGCUCAGACAGCAAGUGACUGAUCUAGCAUCAGGCUACGAGGCUUAUUCUCGCCCGCAUAUUGCAAAAAAAGGCUCUGUGGACAUACUGGAGAGAAAGGCCUGGGAGGUACUUCUUCUACAUGUCAAUAUGCCUCCGUCAACAAAUAGGAGAACGCCAAAAAGAAUCAUGUUCCCGACCCGAAAUUCUCGCAUUUCGGGCCAAGGGUUAGUUGUUCCUGGAAUACAGCAGUCAAUUGGAGCGACGGAUGAAAAGGCACCAGAAUCAGGCGAAUGCGUGCAUCGACAAAGUCAGAGGACUACAAUGAUGGAUGUAAGCUGGGACAUCAUGGAUGGUCACCUCGAUAUUGCGAAGGAUGAGGAGCAUCACGAAGCAAUAACGGAUUUAAGUCUCCAAGUUGUCGAAACGCACCAGGAUCUAUGGAGUGAUGCUACAAAUAGCCCAACCUCCAUGGGUUGGCCAGAGCCAUGGCCUGGUGAAACUGGUCGGCUUGGAGCUGGUUUUGACACAAUGGAAUUUAUGAAUGAGAUGCCACCUGGGCAAGCUUGGAUGAGGCAGGAUAUUGACUUCGCGACAAGACAAGAUACAAUAGUCGACCCAGCAAACUUCCCAAGUCUGGACCACUGGCUGAUCUGCGACAAUCAGUGUAACUUAGACUAACAUCUGACGAUGGAAACGUGUCAGUCGGAAACUGAAAAGAGAUUUGACCAGAACGGCGGGAUUUGGCGAUGCUCCAAGAAAGAUUGAUAUAUUAUAGAUAGCAUAUGGGAGAGGCAAGCGUAGCGUGACGUUUGAGCCUGUUCUAUAGAAAUCGUGAGGCAGAUGUAAUGUUGAAUGUUAAGUCGAUAAUAUUGCAAAUGAGUGUCAUGGGCCAGGACAAAGAUUGCCGUGGAUAAUUGCUGAAGGAAUAGAUAGUGCUUAUUUGCUUGGCUUUGCUGUCUUCCCCGCUUUCUUCUUAUCCUUCUUGUCCUGUUUUGCUUUGCGCUGCUCGGGCUUCAUGGUUGCAUAGUGAAUGUACCAGAGAAGCACGAUUUGUAGAAUGACAGCCACAAGGACCACCAAGAGGAUGGUGAAAAUAAUGGGUUGGUCGUUGAGGACAGCAACAGCUUCGUCUGUAGCGCCGAUAGAGGAGAACCAGUCGAAUUGACCCAUCGUGAAGGACAAGGUAUGUAUGGUGAGGAUGAAGUUGUCUUUGUCGUUGUCGUUGUCGUAGUAUUAGGAUGAGUAUUUUUGAUAAAGGAAUGCCGGAUUUUUUCAGUUUUAAUUAAGCCGUACAGUGCGCCAGUCACGUACAGAGUGGGAAUGGAAGAUAAUAUGUUCUUUGAAUGGAAUAGAAUAAAGACGUAUAGAGAUCGAGAUAGCUAUGAGAAGAGAAAAAGAGUCAAAGUGACAGACGGGAGGCGAAGCAAAUCUGGUAAAUGGCCCACAGUGAGUGGUGACAACGGUGGAAGACCCCUAACAGUCGCUUGGCUCCCAGGGGUGUUACUGAGACGUUUCACCUUGUAACAAAAGUCGACUGAUGUGAAGGUGGCUCAUGAUUGGCUAUGGCUGACGAUACAAUAGUAAGAGUACGAUAAAGCAAGCGGCUAGUACCUAAAUGAAAAGAGAAACCGUUCAAUCACACUCAUUAGGCUUCAUAAUGGCGUCACUGAUGUUAAGUGAGGAGUAUUGAGGUGGUUGAGACCAUUC